UGAAAUAAUGAAGAUAGGUGGACCUUUUUACUUUUCAUUCAAGGAGAGAGGAACCACAGUCGACAUCAGCCGCAAGAGUUGGGCAGCAGAAGAUCAAAAGCUCCCACCUUGAAGCGUGAAAGCGAUUUGAACUUUCAGUAGUCAUAGAUCAUAAAGAGAUUCCACUGUUCACUGGCCUGCGGAUAUACAUAUGUUUUAUUUUAUAAUAUUUCAUAUUUCCCUGGGUAAGUUCAUGCAUUCAGCUCCAGGACAUCAUACGUUUUCUUUUCUUACUUUAUCUCUCGCUAUAGUUUUUUGGUUCUCAUUUUGUUUUGGAAACGUGUCGAAAUCGGUGACCUGCACUUGUCUCAUUUGUUUGUUGACAAUUCCUUUAUAAUAUCCGAGCGUUCUUCUUGGUUCUUUCCAAAACUGAGGUUACAUUUCACGUUCAUACUAGUCUGCUCGCUUCUGAAAUCUGAAUCCGAAGAGAUAAAAAGAUUCAAUCUUUGAUUUUAUCCGAAGAUAUAAAAAGAUUUAAUCUUUGAUUUUGUUUGGGGUGUCUGUUUAUAAUAUUAUCUGUGGGUUGCUUUUGUUAUCACCCCUAAGUUAUCCCUAAUUACUUCAAUUCGGUUCUCCAUCUCCUUCUGUAAUUUAGCCUGUUUCACCCAAUCAUCGUUUUGUUGUGGAUUUAAGGGAGGAAAUGCAAUUAUAUCUUCGCCCUGUGGAUCAGACAGUAUUCUUGUAUUCACGAGAUUCUCCUAGUUGAACUGGUGCUCAUUUUACCAAACGAAAAAAUUGAUAGGGUGCACAUGAAGGCCAGAGAAAAUUGAUUAAGACUGCCGAAGAUGGAGAUUUCUUCUCAUGAAUCAGUGACAACCAAUGGAGGAUUGGGUGAUUCUUCAGGUCUCCAGAUCAUCAAGCACCCAUUGUACCAAACCUGCAACAAGCAAUCUCUUUCUUGGCUCGAUAUUAGAGUUUUCUAUAUCAGAUUCAGCAAUUUCAUGGUAGAUGAUUCAAGAACUCCCGAGAGUCUAACGGUCAGACAUAUACCUCUAAGCCCAGAUACACUCCUUGAAGUUAACGGUGCCAGGUGGUGCUCAAAUUACAGUUCAAUGCUCCCGGAAGGAGGAUCUUGCAUUUUGAGAAGGGACCGUGUGGACAAGAAAUCCGAAGAAGCUACAUUUGUGAGCACAGACAGUGUGAGGUUGACCGGGAGUGUGAAAUUUGAGGUUUUUGAUGGAGAUAAUGAUCUUUUGCUUUUUGGGGUUUUGGAGGUAAAUGGUGGAGAAUCAAAGAAUAGCAUGAGGAAAUGGAAAAUGAGUUGUGAAGCUGCAGUGGAUUUAGGGUGUGGAUUUUUUAAAGGAAAACAGAUCAAUGGUUGUGAUUCGCCGCCUCCAACAACAAUUGAAGUUUAUGUGGCUGGGUGUUUCUCUGGGACACCUAUCAUCUUAACCAAAAGUUUGCAGCUUUGUAAUAAUAACAGGAAGAAGCAUCAUAGGAAUGGGAUGUUAGGCUCCAUUCCAGAAAAUGGAAUGUAUGGUGCACAAAGAGAUGAUAUCUCUUCUUCAGGACUCGAUCAUAUCCAGGUAAGUGAAUACGACAGACGUUAUAAACCAGAAAGUGAAGAGGACUACAACAAUGCAUACUGGCGACACUCACCAGAAUAUUUGGAUGGAGAAGACGGGGAACUGUCUUGGUUUAAUGCAGGGGUGAGAGUAGGAGUUGGAAUUGGCCUUGGAAUAUGUGUUGGAGUUGGCAUUGGGGUUGGGUUACUUGUCCGCAGUUACCACUCCACUGCUAGGAACUUCAGAAGGCGGUUUAUAUGAGUGAGUUUCUAACACAUGUCUCGCUUUCUGUAGUUUUUUUACUUGGUAGAUGUUUUCCUUGGGCUAACCUUUUUUUUCCCAAUAAGAGAGUUCUUAUGUCUUUUGUUGUAAUUUUACACCCAGUUUUUCGUUCUGUUUGGACUUUUUUCAGUGGGGUGUUUUCUUGUAUCAAGGCAAUUCUGAUAUUACAUGCAUGGUGAUGUUUAUAGUUAAAAACUUGUUUGGCUUCUAUACUAUUAUACCCUGUUUGAUUGAAA